CCCCCUUUCUCCUCCUCCUCCCUCCGCGCUGCUGCGGCUGCCGCUUCCAUCCUGGUAUUUCGGAGCCUCCAUCCUGGUUUCUCAAGUGCCCGGACCCAAAACAGGAAAUUUGAGUAUGAGCACAGUUGAAGAAGAGUCUGACACAGUGACAGUAGAAACCGUGAAUUCUGUGACUUUGACCCAAGAUACUGAAGGGAACCUUAUUCUUCACUGCCCUCAAGAUGAGGCAGAUGAAAUAGAUUCUGAAGACAGCAUCGAACCUCCUCACAAAAGGCUUUGCUUAUCAUCUGAAGAUGACCAGAGUAUGGAUGAUACAACCCCUUGCAUUUCUGUUGUUGCGGUUCCAAUUUCAGAAAGUGACCAGAGCUUUGAGGUGACUAUGACUGCUACCACUGAAGUAGCUGACAAUGAGGAUAAUGAAGGAACUGUAACUCAGAUCCAGAUUCUUCAGAACGAACAACUGGAUGAAAUUUCUUCUCUAAGCAAUGAAGAAGUAUCAGCAGUUAGCCAGGCUUGGUUUACAACCAAAGAAGAUAAGGAUUCUUUAACAAACAAAGGUCAUAAAUGGAAACAAGGAAUGUGGUCGAAAGAAGAAAUUGACAUUUUGAUGAGCAACAUUGAACGUUAUUUAAAGGCACGUGGAAUCAAAGAUGCCACUGAAAUCAUCUUUGAGAUGUCAAAAGAUGAAAGAAAAGAUUUCUACAGGACCAUUGCAUGGGGUCUGAACCGGCCUCUCUUUGCUGUUUAUAGACGGGUGCUGCGCAUGUAUGAUGAUCGAAAUCACGUUGGCAAGUACACUCCUGAUGAAAUUGAAAAACUCAAGGAGUUAAGGAUAAAGCAUGGCAAUGACUGGGCAACGAUAGGAGCAGCUCUUGGAAGAAGUGCUUCUUCAGUAAAAGACCGAUGCAGGCUGAUGAAGGACACCUGCAAUACAGGCAAAUGGACAGAAGAAGAAGAAAAGAGGCUUGCCGAAGUGGUACAUGAAUUAACUAGUACGGAACCUGGUGACAUUGUCACACAAGGCGUAUCCUGGGCUGCUGUGGCAGAACGAGUUGGGACACGGUCUGAAAAGCAGUGCCGCUCUAAAUGGCUCAACUAUCUAAACUGGAAACAAAGUGGGGGCACUGAAUGGACUAAGGAGGAUGAAAUAAACCUGAUCCUUAGAAUAGCAGAGCUAGAAGUGUUUGAUGAAAAUGAUAUCAAUUGGGACCUGCUGGCUGAAGGCUGGAGCAGCGUGCGUUCCCCACAGUGGCUUCGCAGUAAAUGGUGGACAAUCAAGAGGCAGAUUGCAAACCACAAAGAGGUUUCAUUUCCUGUUCUCAUAAAAGGUCUGAAACAGCUUAAUGAAAGCCAAAAAAACACUCCAGGGCACCAGCUUUCAGAAAAUAAAUCCUUGCCAAGCAAUCAUUCUGGUUCUGGAGUUCAGCACCUGCAGAUUCGAGUGGCCCGUCUGGAUGAGAAUUCAAGCCAUUCCCAAGGGUCCAUGGCAGCAUUACAGAUUCCAGUCCAGAUUACCCAUGUCUCUUCUGCUGACUCCCCUGCGGCUUCGGUUGACUCUGAGACAAUAACGCUAAAUAGUGGGACACUACAGACCUUUGAGAUUCUGCCAUCUUUUCAUCUGCAGCCCACUGGAACGCCAGGGACUUACUUACUCCAAACAAGCGCCAACCAGGGCCUGCCUUUGACACUCACUACUAGUCCAACAGUGACCCUCACAGCUGCCGCUGCACCAGCCUCCCCAGACCAGAUUAUCGUUCAUGCCUUAUCCCCGGAGCACUUGCUGAACACAAGCGACAACGUCACAGUACAAUGCCACGCACCAAGUGUCAUAAUUCGCACUGUUGCAGCCGAAGAAAUACCUUCAUCGGUAACCCAGGAGGAACUUACUGUUGAUUCAGACAUUCAGCCAGUUGACCUAGUGGGCACUCCGACGUCUUUGGAAACAGACACUUUUCCAGAUGACAUCCAUCAAUCCAAGUUGGCUGUUGAAGAGCAGGCCACGUAUGGCGAAGACAGUGCCUCUAAAUUUGGUGACAGAAAUAGAACUGAACUCAUAGACAGAGUCAUGGUGAGCACAGGAGAAGAGAUUUUGGGUGCAAGCCUCAAACGGGAAGAGGAUUGUCCGUCUGAUUUGGCUGGACCAUACGUUUCUGAGGGCCUCAGUUCUCCCACAACAGAAGAACAAGUGGAACAGUCUACCAUGGAUGAUACUGUCCUUAUUGUACCUUCUCCCCGUGGCUUUAUCCAGACGUCAGAUGAUAUAGACAGCGAAUCAGUCUUGCCUUUAACAACACUAACAGAUCCUAUCUUACAGCACCAUGGAGAGAAUUCCCAUAUUAUUGGCUCUUCUCUGGAUAGUCCUGGUUCUGAAGACUCCAAGGAUGUUGAAGAUUUAGUUAGCUGCCACUAAACACAAGCCAUCGUUUUCUAGUGUGACAGUGAUGUCGGGUUAAAGAGCUGCCUGUAACUCCUAGACCACCUCUCCAAAGAAAAAACCUUCAGUCCACUCUCCCUGGCCAGAAAAGUGUGCUGAUCUCAAGCUUGAAACACGUUACAGGCACAACUUAUCUAAGCCAAGGUUUUUGUCUUUCAGCAGGGUGUUCCCUAUCCCUUCUUAGCCUGCUUUGAAAAGCAAACAAAUUGGGCAAUGAGGGAAUUUUGUGCUGUGGACCAACAUAGACAGUCUGCAAAGUGGCUUUGUGCACUAACCUUCAUGUUUCAGGACAAAGUAAUAGUCCGGCAAUAACUAUGAAAACCAAUGAAUGGCAAUAGAAAAGCUAUUUUUUUUUCCAGAACUGUUACUUGAGUGUGUGCAGUAUUACAUACUGCUCAGUUCACAUUUGCAAUCUAAAUAAUCUGUUGCUGGCAAUGGAUAGUAGAUAAAGAAUUACAGUACUAUAGUUUAAAGACUUCUAUUCCUUAUGCGAGUCCAGCAAACAUAGGAAGAGAAGCUCAAAACUGUGAAAGGCUCACUCCAGGUAAACUUUUGAGAAAGAGAAGUUUGACAUUUUAAGUCUCUUGACCAUAUUUGUUGAGGCUCUUGACAGAUACAUGAUUGAAUGCAACAAGGCUAUGUAAAAAAAAAAACUAUUUAUUGCUGUAAUUAGCUUCCUGAAGUCAGUUUUGUCUUCAGUCUGUGAGUUUGUUCAUGUGAAAACGAAUUUGUAGUUAACAAAAAUAUUGUUUCAGGAGGGAACAGAAAUGACUGUGUUCAGUUUCAUACAAGUGAGAAACCGAUUUGUCUUCUGUAGCAGUAGGAUGCCUUUUUAUUUAUACUGUAGUACAGACAUUUGCAGUGCUGCAGUUUUUGUACAGUGUAAUAAAAAUGCAUUUUUUCCCAAAAAGGAGAAA